AUGUCGCUUCUCAAGAUUUUUAACAUGGCUUUUUCACUCACAGUGAUGUACAUGACUACCAUGCUGUAUAUUUCCAGCAAGGUUGGGUUCCCUCUUCCAUUUUUGGAGCAGAUUGGAAGCGUGGUUCUUACAAUCUACAUUCCAAUAGUUGUUCUGCUAGUGUUGGGGACAUCACCAUUCACAAAGAAUUCUGAAUGUCGGCCAUACUUUAGGCGAUUCCAGCGAUUUCAGCUCGCGUAUUUAACUCUCGCCAUCAUAUACCCAUACUACAAAGCGCUUUACGAUUUUACACCAUCGCCGUAUCGUACGUUUACAGUCAUAAUGCUGCCGAUUUGGAAAUUUGGAUCCAAAUAUUUAGUAUUCACUUUUCAUAUCUGUCAGCAUGUCAAGUGCUGGAUCUUUGCUCUUAUCUGCAUUAUUCAUUGUUGUCGAUUUGGGACUCACAUUUCUGGAAUAUCGCGAACUUCGGGACAAUGCAUUUUUGGUAGUGCAAUUACUAAAUCAGCAACGAAUGUCUCAAGGUUAUCUGCAGCCAACGUCAUCGUCUGA